AUGAGUCCAAACCUUUCUGAGAAUUCUCCAUCCAACUACAAACGUGUGGGUGUGGUGUAUAAUCCUUCAUCGAGAGGAGGCCAAGCACAAACUCUCUUCAAAGCGGUUGUUCUUCCUCUACUUGAGCGAUUCUUUGGUGAUCGGUUAGUGAAAUGUAUGCCCACUCAAUGCCGUGAUGAUGGUACUCGAUGUGCCUUUCAACUCAUUGUCGAGGAUCAUUGCGAUUACAUUAUCAGUGCAGGAGGCGAUGGAAGUACAUUCAAUGUAUUGAAUGGAUUGGUACGAGGUUGUUUGUAUUUGGAUCAAGACAACAAGACUCGUCAGUCCUUGAUGAUGACGACAAAUUCUGGUAGUAGUAGUCAUUCACCCCUUCCGGUAGCCUUUGCAGUAUUACCCAUUGGUUCUGGCAAUGAUUUACAUAAAACUCUCGGAGUCGAUGUGAACGUGAGUGAUUUAAAGUUCUUUGAAAAGUACAUUCACAUGUUGGCAGAGGGAGGUGAAGUGAUUCAUGCCGAUAUUGGACGAGUGGAAUAUACCAAGGAUCAUACGGGAGUGAUUGAAGAGACUGUGAAUGAUGAGCAUAUUCCAACUCAAUACAGAGAAAACAAAGCAUGUCAAUUAGAUAGUCAUGAUAAGGGAGUGAGAUUUUACAUGAAUGAGAGUAGUUUUGGAAUUAGUACUUCAAUUUUGAAUGCAGUGAAUAAUAGCUCUAUUAGCAAAGAGAUUAAUUACAAUAUUCAGACUUUUUGGAAGCAAUUGACCUAUGUCAAUCCAUCAGUGAAGGUUGAAGUGGAUGGAAAGGUUGUAAAAGAUGGUAUCAGUCAGUUGGUCUGUGUUGGCAAUGGAAAAUGUUUUGGCGGAGGGAUGCGUAUCAACCCAAAUGCAUCCAUUACCUCUGAAGCAUUUGAUGUUUGUGUUUUGCAUAAUCUAAGAUUAUGGAAUGUACCAUAUAUUUUCUAUCAAAUUCAAUACGGAACACAUGGAAAUAAUCCGUUGGCUAGUUUGUAUGAGCGAGUGAAAACAAUUAAGGCAAGUAAGAAUCCAGAAACAAUUGACGACGUGUAUUUGGAAUGUGAUGGAGAGGUUGUUGGCAAGUUACCUGCAACGUACACGAUCAUGCCUAGUUGUGUCAAAUUUGUUGUACCAAAAAACAGUAUUGAGCAUUCAAAUUUCAUGAAUAAGUAA